AGGUUACUCUCGCGUGUCAAUACCCUUAGAAGCUAGGCGCGGUUUUUUGUGAACCUCUAUUUUUAUAUAAAAGGAUAAAAUUUUUAUGGGAAGGUACCUGUUUGUUUCUGACAUUCGUACAGAUCUCAGCAAAAAUGAAAUUCUUGGUACUUGCUCUGUGCGUGGCUGCUGCCAGCGCCGCCAGCUAUGGCUCAGGACCCUUCGGAGUCUCUGGCUUCCAAAAAUACAACAACUACAAGACCUACGAAGCUCCCGCGGCAGCUCCCGUUGUUGUCUCCGCUAAGGCCGUGGCCUCCGCCGCCGGCCCAGUGCUAGCCCCCGUCGCCGCUCCCGUCCAGGCCGCCAACGCCGUCUACUCCGCUGCCAAGACCGUUGUCAAUAAGCCCUACCAGGAUGCUGAGGCCGCCAUCCUCCGCUCCGAGAAUGACGUCAGCCCUGACGGUUACAAAUACUUCUUCGAGACCAACAACGGCAUCGUUGCUGAGGCUGUCGGUACCACCAAGCAGGUCGGAGACUCCGUCGCCGUAGUGUCCCAGGGUACCUACAGGUACGUGGCCCCCGACGGUACCCCCGUUGAGAUCGUCUACACCGCUGACGAGAACGGAUACCAGCCCCAGGGCGCUGUCCUCCCCGUUGCCCCCCCAGUACCCGAGGCUAUCCUCCGCUCCAUCGCCUACAACGCUGCCCACGCUUCCCUCAAGAAGAACUAAACUGACUCGACGCCACAAAAUUGUGUUUGCUGCCGAUCCCAACACCUGAUUACGGACAGAACACAAAAAAAAACAGAAUGUUGAUGUUGUUGCAGUAGAAAAUUUUUAAGUAAAUAAAGGAACUGUGCCAUA